AUGGAAGAUUUCUAUGAUUAGUUUAGUGAGUUUUUCGAUAAAGUGAAAGACAUCACGAAUGUUAGAUUCGCCUAUAUGAAGGAUUUGUAUAAUCUGGGAUUAGAACAAUUCCCUGAAAACCAGGAGAUUUCAAACUUUUAAAAGAACAACUAUGGCAGCAUCCAGACGGGGAACACCAAAUUAAAAAAGAACUGGUCCGAUGAAGAUAAAAAAGUCUUAAUCUGGAUUAUCGGAAAAUACAUGGCCUAUCAUAAAAGAGAUUUCAAACAAAUUUGUUAAGAAGACUGGCAGAACAUAUCAUCGAUGAUGUUGAGAAGAGACGCCUUCUAGUGUAAGCAGAAGUGGCUGUAAAUGUAGAAAUUGCCUCUUCAAUAAGCGCCCUGGGGACAAAAUGAAGAUGAAGCAUUAGUUCGGAUAAUAAGUGAGUUCUAGGCUCAGAACAAAGGGAAUAAAUGGAGUCAAAUUGCUACUGAACUCAAUAAAACUACAGGUCUCAAUGUCCACAGAAAUGGAAAAUAAUGUCGAGAGAGGUGGAAUAAUCACCUCAACCCCUCCAUUAAUAGGAAUCCUUGGCAACAAUUGGAGGAUUUGGAACUUAUGAGAUUGGCCAUUUAAAAUGGAAAAAAGUGGGCAUUAAUAUCUAAAAAAUUGAAAUUACAGAGAAGCGAGAACAAUGUGAAAAAUAGGUUUAAUUGUCUAAUGAGAAAGGAGAAGAGCGGCAAAAAUAUACCUUAAUCCUAAGAUGAAAGUGAUAAUGACAAUUAGGAAUCGUACAUGUCCGAUCCUUCAGCCGAAGAGUUAAGUCCUGACGAGAUUAAGCAAAUCCAAGCCAUAAUCAAGAAGAUAGAGUGGAGGAUGAAACAAGAUGGCACUACUUAUGAGAUCAAAUAGGAACAUCAAGAUCAGGUGUCCAAAAAGGUUUAAUUAGAUAGAAGAGCCUUGAAAUCUAAAUAACAAUUAUAGGAUAAUCCCAACAACAACAAAGUCUAAAAUGUUAAUAAUUUUAAUAAUAUCAACAUCAAUAUUGAAAACUAUACACCCUCCACUUUGAAUUAGCAAGGUAACAAUAAUAGUAAUCAAAUCUAAUAUCAAGUGUUGGAGUAUAAUCAAAAUGAAGAUUAGAGUUAAUUAUCUUUCUGUUUGGUGAAUAGAGAUAAAGGAUUUAUCUAUUUUUUAAAUUAAGAACAAUUCAACAAUUAUGUUAACACUUAAAAUCAAAUCAACAAUAACCAAUUAAUAGGUAUACCCAGUUUUUUGGGAGGCUAACCAGUAAAUAGCAAUAUGAACUAUCAAAAUAACAUUGUUUUGCAUCCAAAUGUCGAACUCGGUCAAUAACAAAAUCAAUAGGUACCUAAUAUUGAUUUUCUUUCCGAUAACUAAAACAUGAAUUCCUUUUAUUUAAUGCAAAGUUAAAUGAAUUUCAAUCAGCCCAGUUAAGCUAAUUUCAAUCAGCCUAGUUAAGUGAAUUUCAAUCAGCCUAGUUAGAUGAAUUUCAAUCCGCCCAGUUAGAUGAAUUUUAAUUAGCCUAGUUAAGUGAAUUUCAAUCAAAUGCCUCCCACUCGAUCCUAACUGAAUUUGCCAAAUCACUUAUUUAAUAACUUUAAUUCCACCCCAUAAUAUCUCGCAAACUUAAAUUAUCACGUGACUUGCUAUCAAUAACCAUAACAACCUUAGUUGAUGUUUUAAUCACAACCUAGUGACAGGCUAGAUCUUUGA